AUGAUGACGUGCCGUCUGCUGUGCGCCCUGUUGGUGCUUGCCCUGUGCUGCUGCUCGUCCGUGUGCGUGACAGCUACUGGUGGAGAACAAAAAGAAGUCAGUACUUCAACGACUGCUUCGCCACCGGAAGCAGGUGGUGCAGGGGAAAAAAAUACUUCCACGGCGCCAAGUUCAACAGGUAUGACAGUUACGUUACCGGGAACCGGAGAUCAGGACAGUGAGGAAACCGCUUCGCCAGAAACUUCAGAUAAAGCAACUCCGGGGCCUAUUACAAAAGGCGGAGCAGGUGGGGUGCCCGCUCCGCCAGGGAACUCAGAUCCAACAAGUUCGGCGUCUGGUACGGAACAGGGAAAGGAUGGAUCCGGUGGGUCAGGGAGUUCAGGUACGGUGGCCGAUACAGUACAGAAAAAUAGUGACAACGAUACGACAGACUCAACAAGUGGCAAUAAUUCAUCCACAGACCAAACAAAUACGAAUGCCGACGAUGCGGCCGAGAAGAGCACGGCGACCACUACCACAACCACGACUACGACGAAAAAAGCACCAACUACCACCACCACCACGACUACGGAGGCGCCAACUACAACGACCACCCGCGCACCGUCACUUCUUCGCGAAAUCGACGGCAGCCUCAGCAGCUCUGCGUGGGUGUGUGCCCCGCUGCUGCUCGCAGCAUCCGCGCUGGCGUACACCACUCUGGGCUGA